CUCAAAAACAAUUAGAAACGAGGACAGAAGAAGAUGAUGAGGUUCCUGGGAAACACGUUGGCCAAGUCUUGCGGCAAGGGGAGGCUGAAGGGUCGUGAUUUUUCAACCGUCGUUGAUAAUAAAGUUGGGAUUAGGGCCGGCUCCAAAGUUGUUGGAUACGUCUAUAAAGGGGCGUUUUGUGGUUUUGGAUACGUGAUUGGUGGCUUGACAACAAGCUCCGUCUCGAAGCAGGUUCAGGAAACUGAGGAGAGUCUGUUAGGAGAAUUGAAACGUUGGGAUGAAAAGGAAGCCGAACGUUUCCCGAGUCCUGAAUGAAAGAAUGAAUAAUAUCUAAUUACUUUUUGUGUGUGUGUGUCUCUCUCUGUAAUAUCUCUAAUUAUCAAAGAACUAGUAUUAUUGC